AUCUGAGCCAAGUGGGCGGAGCUUCCUGAUGAGGAGGUCCUGAGGUCCAAACAGAACAGGAUCAGAUAAAACCGGUCCCUUGGCUUUAGGACUUCAGUAGAACGAUGGUUCUGAUGGAUGGAAGCGCCGCGGCAGGAAAUCCCAGCGGUGGCUCGUCUGGACCCCUUCCUGCCCCCGCUGAUGAGGAGACGCUGCCCCGGGUCUCAGAGAACCGGGACCAGGACCACCAGAGUCCAGCAGAAGCUUCAGAACAUCAGGGUCCCCCCACAGAAAAUCUGGAACUUGAAGAUUCUUCAAACAAUGAUCUGAAUCCAGAUCAAGGAGCACCAGAGAACACCGGUCCAGUUGGACCAGAACCAAGAAAAGCUGAUCCUGAUUCAAGACGGCCAGAACUGACAGAAAAACCUCCAAAACGGGGUCCAGAAAAACCAGAUUCUCUUGGUUCUGAUCAGAGCAACAAAAGAGAUCCUGCAGAACCUGAACAAGAACCGGGUUCCCUUCAGAACCAGCAGGAAGCUGAAGAACCUCCUCCUCCCUCUGAGGAGUCCAAAACCAUUCAGAACCUCCAGGAUCCAGCUACUCUCCUCCAACAGGCUCCUCCUCCUGACGACCAGCAGGCUCCGCCCCUCACCGUGGAGGUGUUCAGUGAGCAGGCGAGGCCCCGCCCUCCCGCGUCUCCWUCAGGUGAGCCCAAACUGUGCGGCUACCUGCUGAAGCAGGCGGGGCCUCUGAGGACCUGGAAGCAGCGCUGGUUCACCUACGAGGAGAAGAGGAACCAGCUGUUUUAUUACCGCACGCCGCAGGAUGUGACGCCACUGGGCCGGGUCGACCUGAGCGGCGCCGUUCUCACCUACCCGCUGAAGGCGGAGAAGGGCACCUUUCACAUCAAGACACCUGAACGCACCUUCAUCCUCAAGACGACUUCCUGCCGGUGUUGAAGAGUCCUCUAGGACUGGUGGGGGAGGAGGCGGCCAYUGCAUCGACACAACGAAUAUCUCUCGCCAACAUGUCCAUCAAACACCCGCUGAUCGAGAUCCAUUUCCUCCUCAGAAACUCCCAUCGAGGCCCCGCCCACUCACUUCCCAUUGGUUGAUCCAGCAGGUGAGGUGUCUCUGACUGACACCGGCGAGCUCCUGUCACCUGUGGAGAGUUACAACAGGAGGACAAAGACUCGCAGCYUGUCCACCAUGCCGGUUCGCCGCAGAGUCACGGUCACCUCGUCCUCAGAGAGGAUGUCCCGGGUGCAGCAGGAGAAACAGAUGCUGAUGGAGGAGGUCAAAGCUCAGAAGGAGCUGGUCUGGAUCCUCCACAAAGCCCUGGAGGCGUCCCAGCUGGAGAAACGAACCUGUGCUGAGUUUCUGGCAGCAGAGAACGAGCAGGAGCGCCUGGAGGUGCUGCGGCACCGCGAGCGCCAGGCGGCGGACCUGCGAGGCCGGCUGGAGGACGCCAAGGUGGAGGCAGAGGCGCUGAGGAGGAGUCUGUCCGAGAGGGACGCACAGCUGCAGGAGCUCCAGGAGAACAUCAGGAUACUGACAGAGAAGAACAAAGCCAAGCAGCAGGUGAUCGUGAAGCUGUCUGAUCAGGUGACUUCCUGUCUGACUGACCAGCGCCGCCCCGACUCGUCCUCCAGUCGUGUUCAGGACUCUCAGACCAUGAAGCAGCUGCAGCAGCUUGUCGAGAACCUGAAGGACGACAUUGAGGCCUACAAGACCCAGAACAAGUUCUUGAACUCUGAGAUCUACCAGCUGACCAAACUGUGGAGGAACAGCUCUGAGCAGGAGAAGAGCCUGAUGGUGAAGUGCGCCUUCCUGGAGGCCACCAACUGUCAGAUGGAGAGCCGUUACCUGGGCGUCCUUCGGAAGCUGCAGGAGACCAAGUCUCUGGAUCCAGAGCAGCAGAAGGCCGUGCAGAAGAUGAUCGAGGACGCUCUGAGAGGAGAGCUGAAGAGCGUCUUCAAGCUCAGCUCGAACAGGGAUUAUGACGAGUACGGGUUUAAGGUGGUCCCGGACUACGAGGUGGAGGACAUGAAGCUGCUGGCUAAGAUCCAGGCCCUGGAGAUCCGGAGCUUCAACCUGCUCCACCAGGAGGGAGUAGAGCGUCUCUCGUUGACCCGGUGGGCGGAGUACCUAGCUGGCAGGUCGGAGGAUAAUCUGUGUCCGUCUCCUGAGCUCAAGGCUCUGCUGCGCGCCGGCGUCCCACCAGAGUAUCGCCCYAGGGUGUGGCGCUGGCUGGUCCGAACCAGAACCAGGACGAUCUGGCAGCGCCACCCAGAGCGCUACGAGCAGCUGUGUGAGAAGAGCCGGACGUCUCCUCACCCGGCGUCCCGACAGAUCCAGCUGGACCUCCAUCGCACCCUGACCACCAAUCAGAACUUCUCAUCGCUGUCUAGCCCCGCCCUCCAGCAGCUCCGCCGCAUCCUGUUGGCGUUCUCCUGGCAGAACCCUGCUGUUGGUUACUGCCAGGGACUGAACAGGUUGGCAGCCAUCGCUCUGCUCGUACUGCAGAAUGAAGAAGAUGCCUUCUGGUGCCUGGUGGCAGUGGUAGAAGCCAUCAUGCCUCAGGACUACUACACCAAGACCCUGCUGGCUUCUCAGGCGGACCAGUGGGUCCUGAAGGACUUCCUGUCAGAGAAACUUCCACGCCUCGCGGCUCACUUCGACACUCACAGCAUCGACGUGUCGCUCAUCACCUUCAACUGGUUCAUGGUGGUUUUUGUGGAGAGUCUGCCCAGUGACAUCCUGCUGCCGCUGUGGGARGCCUUCCUGUARGAGGGCACCAAGGUGAUCUUCAGGUACGUUCUGGCUCUCUUUAAAUACAAAGAAGACGACAUCCUAAAGAUCAACGACAGUGUGGAGAUCUACCAGUACCUGCGCUUCUUCACCAAGACCAUCUCUGACAGCAGGAAGUUGAUCAGCAUCGCCUUCAACGACAUGAACCCGUUUCCUCGCCGCCAGCUGAGGAACCGCCGCGCGCUGCACCUGGAGCGCCUGCAGAGGGAGCUGCGGGAGCUGGAGGAGCAGCAGCAGGAGUUUGUGACGGAGAGCGCCGAGCAUAAAGACGAGCUGGACAUGGGGGCGAGCGAAGACGACGAGGAGCUUUAACGCCACGUGACAUUAGUUUUUCUCCUGCAGACUGUUGAACCACUGAGCUCACACCGAGGUUUCAAUCUGAAAUCCUCCUGCUGGUUGUCCAGGUGGGUCGAAGCUAACGAGCUGCCAGGUGAACGAGUCUUAAACGAAACAAUUAAAGUGUGUUAAUAUUCUGAAUUUGUACAUAAAUAUGAUGACAGUUAAAAAUGUUUUCUUGAACCCGUUUCUGUCUCAGAUCAUCCUAAAAUAUUAAAUUUAGUAUGAAAAUAAAAACAACAC